GCGCUCAUUAAAAAACGAUAUAUUUAAGUAUUUAUAAUGCAAUAAGACUUAGAAAACUCAUUAAAACCAACAAUUUCAAAGGGAAAUCUAAACGCAAUUUCAUUGGUCAAUGCGAUGUGACGUCUCACCGUAUAUAAAUGGCGGAUUGUUUACCUUUUCACCUUGGUAGAUAGUGUUGUGUCGUAUGUUUAAAUUAUAUUGCGGGAUUGUUUCGUGGAUUAUAAACUUGAAAUGUCUUCAGAGAACUUUGUGAAAGCGUCCUCAAACAAUUUGCCAUCCGUAGACAUUUUUAUGGUGAUGGAAUUUAUAAAAGAAGAUGAUCGUUUUAAUGCAGCUGAAUUCAGAAAUGUGAAGGCAACAACAGCAACUCGUGAGGCAUAUGGUGAUAACGCCAUUGGGUAUGUGGAAUUGAAGAGGGAGGGCCCUUUGUGCACUUUACAGUGCAAAAUAUGCCCAGAACACAGAGUCCGUUCGAAGAAUUAUGCCGUAUCUUUAAUUGUCGAUGAGGAGGAAGAAAAAAUAGUAAAUGUAAUCUGCAAAGAUUGUGCGGCUGCGGCAGGUGGGUGCAAGCAUGCAGUUGCUUUUCUAAUGUGGGUCCACCGUAGAAGUGAGGAUCCUUCGCCAACCGAUGUUACAUCAUAUUGGACAAAGCCACGAUUAUCUACAGUUGGUACUUCUUUAAAAUUCAUAGCAGCUGCCGAUUUUUCUGCUGGUUCUUGUUCCACGACUAGUGUCGGUAGAUCAACAUUUAGAGAAGAAAUUGCAAAUUUAGGAUCAAGGGAAAAAUUGGAAGGGCAGAUCGUAAAGUAUGUUAUCCAUGAAGACCAGGACAAAUUUUAUAAAUUGUCAAUUUAUAAAUCACUGUUCCACUUUCAUGCAGAAGGGGGAACACAAUCCAAAGAUUUCCUAUCAUUCUCUACCGGACAAAUGAGUUUGCAGUUGUGCAAAGAAGCAGAAAGAUUAACGAGAGGUCAGUCAAAUUCACCACUGUGGCAUGAAUUCAGAUUUGGCCGCAUAACUGCUUCUAAACUGCAUGAAUUUGCACACUGUAAGACUGCUGGUGGUAGCCUAGUCGAAGGAAUAAUAGGCGCAUAUAAAAUAAAGGAUACAAAGCACAUGAAGAGGGGCAGGCUUUUAGAGAAAGAUGUGCUAAAAACGGCAGAAAACCAACUCAACAUGAAGUUUACAGAGUGUGGCUUAUUUAUGCUGCCGGAGUACCCAGUGUUUGGUGCCUCGCCAGAUGCACUUUCAUCACAGUUUGUCGUUGAAGUGAAGUGA